GUUACGGAUUAAUGGCCACGGCAAGCCUCUCCGAAGCCACCACGCUCAUCAAGCGCCUCUGCCGUCAAUGUUCCUUCGCGUUAGCCCGCCGUGUGUUCGACGAGAUGCCCGAACGGGACGUCGUCGCAUGGACCUCCAUAAUCUCCGGCUACGCUUCCAACGGACUCCCGCGCGACGCUUUCUCCACCUUCUGCUGCAUGGUAUCUUCCGGCGUUCUCCCCAACCGCUACACGGUAUCCAGCGUGCUGACGGCGUGCCGGGGGCUCCAGUCACCGUACGCCGGCGCGGCCGUGCAUGGGAUCGCCGUGCGACGCGGCAUCAGCGACGGGUCGUACGUGGAGAACGCGCUCCUUGACCUGUACUCGUCUUGUGGAUACAUCGCCGAUGCUGAGUUGGUGUUCGAAGAAAUGACUGACCGGACGGUCGUCUCUUGGACAAGCAUGAUCACUUGCUACGCCCGCUCAGGCAAUGCACGCAACGGAAUCCUUUUGUUUAAACGAAUGAUUCAUGAAAUCCCCGAGUCGAAUGCGUUUCCUUUCUCGAUCACAAUCCACGCGAGCGGUUCAAUUGGUUGUAUAAAACUUGGUCGUCAACUCCACGCAUUAGUAGUGAAAGCAGGUCACGAUUCAAGUCUUCCGGUUGCUAAUUCCUUGCUUGACAUGUAUUCUAGGUGUUUGAUUCUAUCAGAAGCAUGUCAGUUCUUUGGUGAAAUGCCCCAGAAGGACCUAAUUAGUUGGAACGCCAUGAUCGCAAACCUUGAGCGAUCAAACUCCCAUGAAGCUUUACUGCUAUUUCUUGAGAUGGGAUCGCAAGAUCUGCAGCCGAAUAACUUUACGUUUUGUAGCGUUAUGGCAGCUUGUGCUAAUCUGGCAAUUCUGAGCACCGGGCAACAGGUUCAUGCAUGCAUAAUUCGAAGAGGCUACCCAGAGAAACUGCAAGUAGCUAACACGGUAAUAGAUAUGUAUGCGAAAUGUGGAACUGUGGCUGAUUCUAGGAAGGUUUUCGACGAACUGACUACCAAGGAUUUGGUAACAUGGACAUCAUUGUUGAUUGGAUAUGGGAUGAAUAGUUGUGGAAAUGAGGCUAUCAAACUCUUCGAUGAGAUGACUAGUUCAGGCUUUCAACCUGAUUAUGUUUUGUUCUUGGGUAUCAUUACUGCAUGCAGUCAUGCUGGGUUAGUAGAUCAUGGCUUGAGGUACUUCAGUUUGAUGAGUUCCGAGUAUAAUGUUCCACCUACCAAGGAAGUCUAUGGUUGUGUUGUUGAUCUGCUAGGUCGAGCUGGAAGAGUAACAGAAGCCCACGAGCUGAUAAAAACAAUGUCUUUUGAACCUGACGAAAAAAUUUGGGGAGCUCUUCUUGGAGCAUGCCAGAUACAUAAGAAUGCCGAAUUAGGAAGAUUAGCCGCUCAGAAGAUAUUGGACAUGAAGCCAAAUGACACAAAGACUUACAUCUCAUUAUCCAGUAUACAUGCAGCUGGCAAUGCAUGGGAAGAUUUUGCAGAGGCCAGGAGAUCCUUGAGAGAGAAAGGAUACAAGAAAGACGUAGGAAUUAGUUCAAUUGAGGUCGGGAAUGAAGUAUUUAGCUUUGUUGCUUGUGAUAGAAGCAAUCCCUAUGUUAUUUUUGUCUUUGGGGUAUUAGAAGAACUGGCUCAGCAUAUGAACCAAGAUAAAUUUGAAUUAGAUUUGAUGCUCCAUGAUUUCACAGACAUAAGAUGAUUCAUUUGGUUUCUGAUCACCCUCUUGCAAAGUUUCAUGAAUCAAGCUAUAUAGACAAGUUCAGAAUGAAGAUAGUGUUGGUAUUCUUCAACGUCAUAGUUCUCAAGUAUUUAUAGAAAUGGAAGAUCAUGUACUUGUAUUUGGUUCGUUCUUUCUUACAACACCAGUAAUGGAAUACUAGUCUUGGUUUCUCAAUAAUGCUUUUGCAAAUGACUUGAACUAUUGUCCAACUCUCAAAUUUUUGCAGGAGAUUUGUUCAAACUAUCCUCAGUUUCAAUACCCUGUAAGUCUUAAUUAGUUAUAGAGCUACAACCAGUUGUCUUUCUAAGGUCCGUGUCUUUCAUCAUUUGUUUACCUUGACAACAUUCCAGCAUUUUGCAGUAGCAUAUGCAUGGGAGUAGUAGUCAUCCACAUGAAUCCCAAGGAGCAAUUCUGACAAUUUUUGGUGCCACAAGCAAAAUCAGAUGCCUACAGCCAUGCAUCCUUAAUCCAUCAAACAACACGUCCAGUAACAAUAUUUCAGAUUUCAUGUGUGGUUGCUUGCUCAAUCACUUAAUCUUUUCAGCUCACAGGUAGAGGGCUCAAAGUGUCAAUAAAGUUUUAUAUUUGGUGGAAUAUCAUAAAUGUAACAAAGGCAUCAGGCUAUGCAAAUGACAGAAUAAAAGACCAAUAGUGAGGUUUAAUGGGUUUCUUAAAGUCGAAAGCAUCUUGAAUCAUCCCAUCAGUGCUAAAACAAUGUAGAGCAAAAUCUUGAUGUGCACAUGAGCUUGUUGAAUGGGCUAGAGAUUUGUGCAUGUCUCAAGUUGAAGAGGAAAGAAUGAUCUAGGGUUGAAGACGACAUUACUGGACUUGAAACUAAUGAAUGUUUUAUGGGUUCCAUAAAGUAUUAUGAUACUUUGAUCAAAGUGUUUGAUGUUGGUCUGACAAAGAGGGUGGAACCGAUUCUUCUGCUUGACUAAUGUUCAUAUCUUGAACCUAUCUGACUAAGAAUGACAUGGAGGGCUUUUAUUAUGCAGUAUGUCUAUCUCUCAUAUGUUUAUGGAUAAGGUAGCCAAGCAAUUUCUGCCUCAGCCUCUGAUAGGUUCAUGGAUAAGAUAGCCAAGUGAUUUUCAUAAUAGCUGUUCCAUAACAGCUACUUUUAAAGAGAUAAGGAUGCAAACUUGUGUGGGGUUGACUUCUUCAUCUUUUCAAAGUAAUUUCAUCCUCUGUUGCAGGCCUCACUGCUUGCCACAGAAGACAUUUUGCAGCCUUGAUAAGUCGAUCAAGAAAAAAGGUUCUUGGCCUUUUGUUUCCCUUUCACUCUUUGGGGCCGGCUCUGUAUUGGGUACUCUUCUCGACGGAAUUCACUCUAGGGUAAAUCUCCAGGUAUACCAUAAUGGAGCAAUUGAUGUUGGCCCUGUGCAUACCAACAUAUGGGUACCUCCCAUGCUUGGAGUGUUCUACUGCGCUGUUGGGUUACUUCAACUAGU